GCAGCCUGGCCCGAGCCCGCAGCAGACCGCGCCCCACGCGGGGCCCCCGCCCGCUCCCCUUCCCCUCCCCCGGCAGGAGGAGGAGACUCGGCGGCCCUCCCCCGGCCUCCCGACGGCCGCAGCAGCCAGCCCCGCGCCCGCUCCACCCAGAGCAGCAGCUCGGACGUCCGGAAUCCCGGCCCCGACCCGAGGUCUGAAGAGGCAUCGCAAAGUAUCCCAGAGGGCAGUGGGUCCAGGCGUCCGGCACACGCAGUGAUAACAUGUAGGUCUCUGUCUUGAGCCUAGCCGCAAGUUUGUACCCAAGGCUAGCCCAGCCUCACUAUGAGCCACGGUCCGAGCCCGCGGCUGGCUGAGUCCCCGCAGCUGUCCAAGAGCAGCCUGCUUACCAUCCUGGGCAGCCCGUCCCCGGAACGCAUGGGCCCGGCCGACUCACUGCCACCCACGCCGCCUAGCGGCACGCCGUCCCCGGGACCGCCACCCGCACUACCCUUGACUGCUCCCGCUCUGCUGGCCGACGGCGACUGGGAGAGCCGCGAGGAGCUGCGGCUGCGGGAGCUGGAGGAGGCGCGCGCACGAGCCUUGCAGAUGGAGAAAACGAUGCGCUGGUGGUCGGACUGCACGGCGAACUGGCGCGAGAAGUGGAGCAAGGUGCGCGCAGAGCGCAACCGUGCGCGGGAAGAGGUGCGCCAGCUGCGCCAGCGCCUGGAUACGCUCACCAAGGAGUUGGCAGGCGCGCGCCGCGAGCGCCAGGAGGCUCAGGGCGAGUGCGAAGCGCGCGGCCGCGAGCUGGCCCGGCUGCGGGGAGCGCGCGGUGCGGCGGACAAGACACAAGACGGUCCGGAGGCGGAACGCGAGCAAGAGCCUGUGCGUGACAUCGGGGCCGAGAGGCCGCCUGGCAGCCAGGAGCUGGACCUGGUAGAGAGCCUGCUGAAGAGCAGACCAGAGGAGCCCGAGGGCUGCUGGGAUGCCUGCAGUGUGGCAACUGGGGGCCCUCGGGUCAGCUCCGGACGCCAGGAUCGCAACCGCCUGCCCUGGGAGGACACAGCCAGUACUGAGGAGGAUGCCUCCAAGUUGACUGCCCUGCGGCUACGGCUAGAUGAAUCCCAGAAGGUGCUCCUCAAGGAACGAGAGGAUAAGCUGGCUCUGAGCAAGAACAUCGAGAAGCUGGAGGGGGAGCUUAGCCAAUGGAAGAUCAAAUAUGAGGAGCUGAGCAAGACCAAGCAAGAGAUGCUCAAGCAACUCAGCAUCCUAAAGGAGACGCACCAAGAUGAGUUGGGCCGCAUGUCGGAAGACCUGGAGGAUGAACUGGGUGCACGCUCUAGCAUGGAUCGCAAGAUGGCUGAGCUGAGGGGUGAGAUGGAAAGGCUCCAGGCAGAAAACGCAGCUGAGUGGGGCCGCAGAGAGCGGCUGGAGACAGAGAAGCUGGGCCUGGAACGGGAGAACAAGAAGCUGCGUGCACAGGUUGGAGACCUGGAGGAGGCCCUGGCCCGCAGACGGCGGCAGAAUGCCAGUGCCCUGGACUGUGACCUGCGGGCCAGCCAGGCUGCUCUUUUCGAGAAGAACAAGGAGCUGGCCGAUCUGAAGCACGUGCAUGGCAAGCUCAAGAAGCAGUUCCAAGAGAAGGUAGCCGAGCUGGCACACGCCAAUCGGCGCGUGGAGCAGCAUGAGACGGAGGUCAAGAAGCUGCGGCUGCGGGUGGAAGAGCUCAAGAAAGAGCUGGCCCAGGCCGAGGAUGAGCUGGAUGAGGCCCACAACCAGGCGAGGAAGCUGCAACGCUCACUGGACGAGCAGACAGAACAGAGCGAGAACCUGCAGGUGCAGCUGGAACACCUGCAGUCCAGGCUCCGCCGGCAGCAGCAAAACGCACCCCUUUUUGGAAAGAUUCGUAGUACCCGAUUUGGCACAGAGGAGGCCGGAGACGGAGCCAGCGACCUAGAUGAGGAUGAGGACCUGCAAAUCCAGGUGGCCUAGGACAUCCAGGGUGGAACAGGACUGCCCCCAAAGCACAGAGGCCCAGCUGAGAGUCCACUUAGACCUGACAGCCGCCUUCACUGUCUGUACGCUGGGGUUCCACCCCCCUGCUUUGAACCGCUUCCUUUUCUCCCAGGAAGGCAUGAGUUUCAUCUACUCAUACCUCCGUGAAGGGGGAGCCUGUUGGAUAUGUAUAUCAUAUAAAUGCCCAGGGUUGCCCGGUGCCCAGAUCUUAAGACCCCACCUGCAUAAAUACUUCAUGCAGAAAUGGAACAUGGUGAGGGAGGCUUGGUGGUCUGGAAGGGGCUAUUCAUAGUAAGAUGCUAUGAACUCAGACUUUUGUAAUAAAUGGACGUCAAGCUCUUGGGGUAGAGUCCUGAAAGUGCAGGAGACUCGGGAAGGAGGCGAGUGGGGUCGGCAUCAGCCUGCACCUGACAUUGAACUAGAGUCCAAGAGUGAAUGAGUGAGUCCGGUGCAGCUGAGGUUCUUGGUGUCCAGUCUGUCAGGAAACAAGGAAACAAGGAAAUGUGGUGCCAGUCUUAUCUGGACAAGAAGAG